GUCAUAAAUUGCUUUGUGAGAAAGUCUUAUAUCGAUAAAUUUUAACAUUCAACAAAUUGUAAUUAUUUCGUUAAACAGUAACACAAAUUCUACCAGUUAUACGAGUAGCUACUUGGUCAUCUAAAUUAUUAAAAAUACGAGGUAUACUCGUACAGAGUGAAGGCUAAAUGAAGUGGAAAGAUACCAAAACUACAAAAAUUUGAAAGUCAGCGUCAAUAUUGAGUCAUUAUGAAUAGCACGAUUAUAACUCAACAUUUACUAAGUAAUCAGUUCCUUCCUGUUUGUCAGUACAUUACCAUUUUUGGUAUCAUCUUUUACAAAAAUGGCUUAAUUACAUUAAAGAAGAAAAGUGAGACAAUUCCUGUGCUAAAUACCUUCUUUGAAUAUCUCAAUGAAUCCGAGAAUGAAUCCGAAACGAAACUUCAGUUUCUGCAAAAUGUAUUGAAUCAAAGUGGUGGUCAUUAUGGCAAUCGCGAAUAUCAACCACUUGAUAUGAAAUAUGUAAAGGAAACAUAUCAUCAUAUUAUUAACACUGCUUUAUUUUCACCUUAUGGAAACAUUGACGGAUAUUUGACAAAUAUAUUUAAAGGGAUCCAAAAUAAAAGUGACACAGCUCUCAAGAAAGCAGUAUUACAACAUCUCUUGCAAAAUUACACCAAUGAGGACUAUUGUUCAUCCCAAAGAAAAGGCACAAAACUUACUCUUUUGGCAUCUACGACAAUUUUUAAGGAUUUUAUUUGGCCAUUAUUAAAAGAGAAACAUUCACUUUUAACUAGGAGUUACAAUAAGCACAGAAUUUCUAAAAGAGGUUUAACAAAUAAUAAUAGUCUUGAAGUUUCAGAAGAAUCAAACGAUUUAAGUGAAAGUAACAUGGAGUUUUUCUCAGAGUUGGGAGAAGAAUUUUAUUAUGAAGGCUUAGAGGCAAUUCAAUUAUUUCAGCAAAAGGGACUGUCUUUUUUCAGAAAUGACAUGUUUGUGUUAGAGUCUCUUCGAAUUUCCGUCAAUUUUAUAAGCAUGAAACAAAUUUCAGAAACUGAUAAUAAUAACACAUUAGAUCUGUGGUUUAGCCACAUUAUAGACAGACCAUCAUUCGUUGAUUAUUUGAAAAACAUAAAAGAAGACUUUUAUUUUAAUGAUAUUACUCUUCUGACAGAUAUUCACCCCGGUCCGAUUCACCCUAAGAAACCAUCAAGGAUCUCUUUAAAAACAGAAGUUCGUUAUCACAUGAAAUUUUAUUCUCGUUAUGGACUUGUUGAUUUAGUCCAAUUUCAUCAUAGUUUCAAAAAUCAAUACAUUGUAUUUCCGGAAGUAGAGUUUUUGGUUGUGGACACUCGAUAUCAUAAUGGAAAGGAUAUUUUAAUUCUACAUCUGGAGGAAAAACUGAUGCCCAAAGAGGAAUGGCUAAACAUCAGAAAUAAGGAAUAUGCAUUAAGUUCAGUACCGCAAUCAUUUCAACGUAAAAGAUUGGAAAGUAUUAAAAAUAGUGCUUUCGAUAUUGCCCUAAAAACUCCUCUACACAGAUUACAUGAUACGGAGGAAAUUUUGAAACAAUAUAUUUUAAGAAUUGAUCAGAAAGAAAAUCUUGUUCCGACUUACGAUAUGCUGGCAGAUGAUAUUUAUUCCUCUAUCACAAUUCCAGAAACGUAUGAUGUGUGGAAAAUUAAAAGAAAUAUUUAUAUUGAUGAUGUUCUGUAUAAAGAAAAUCUAAGGCACCUUGAUUUGGUAUCUGGAGUUGAAAAAAUUAACCAAAUAUAUGAUGGUGCUUACAGAGAAGAUGAAGUUCUAAAUGUGUGGUACAAUUAUAAGAAACUUUUUAUAAUUAACAAUAUGCGGUUUGAGGAUUACUUUGCAAUUUACUCACAAUUCUCUGCAAGUUUUAAAACAAUUAAAUAUAGGGAGGUGCGAGUCUUGGCAGCUCUAUACAGACUUGCUAUAAUGCAAUGUGAUGAGAGGUGGAUCGAAAAUCCAAUAACUCUUUAUUUUGCUGAAAAUAUUCCUAUCGAAAAUUUUAGGGAAAUGGUAGACAAAACUAGAGGCGAAAUAAUCAAUUCUUCUUCGAUAAAUUUCGGAUUUUUCACUGAAGAAGCUGCUUUGAAAGAUUGUUUGACAACUACAUCUUCCGAAAGACUUGUAUUGUAUCAAAUGGAACUUAAGAGCCAAGCUGGAAUAGCGGGCGUCAGUCGUAUAUUUCGUAAUGCAGAUUUUUCAUGCUUUGUAACUAAAGCAAUGAAAUUGAAGAAGGAUAUUAUGAGGAAAACAACAAUUGCAGGACGGGAUGUUUAUACCCUAAUAUUGAAAGAUGCUGAGACACCAAAGGAGAAUGUAAUGGUUACAUUAAUACAACUUCUGAGUAAUAUACUUUCAGAAGACAUUUUGUUUUACGUGGAUUAGCAGUCUCAACUUGAAAUAAUUGAAUGGAUUCAGUUAAAAAAUAUUAUAUUUACUAUAAGUUGAUUAUAUAAUAACGUAAGUUUUUUAAUUUUUAAUAGGAACAUUGUCGUGUUUCCUUUUUAUAACUAAAACUAUUUGUAAAGUUGGAAUGUUUUCAUUUUUAGUUUAAUCACUGAAAUUAAAAUAAAUCUGGGAAUAAAUAAACAUUAUACU